AUGCAACAGGCAAACCACAACCGCUUCCACAGCCACAACUACCCUCACGACACCAACAUCAACCCUGAACCAACCAGUCAACAUCACCGCAGUAACAACAGCGAUGUCUUCAUGCUCGAUAUGAUCGAGUCUUACCCCGAUCCCAACGAGCAGUUCUCGUCCAUGACAUCCUUCACCGAGGAAGACGCCUCUUCUCAAUACCAACUUCACAGCAACAAGAUCUGUGUCACCAAGAACACUUGCCCUCCGGACCUUUCAACCAAUGACGACCCCUCUUCGGAUUCCUCGACCUUUUCUUGGCUCAAUUGUGAAUGGCUGACCACCGAUCCCUACCACUAUCCUUUCCUUCGGCGAGUUUUUUCCUUCCUCGAAUGGCUCGUCCUCAAGAUCGUCGCGCCCUGUCUCCGUCAUCGACGUGAGAACCACAACCCAAUUCAUCUCUAA